UCUCAGAUGAAAUCAUUUAUUAUUCUUCUGUUCAUUGCAUUGGUUAUCAUUGAAGAAUGUUCUUCAUUGACUAUGCAAGGAUUGUAUCGGAAGCUAAAGGAGCGUAGAACACAGACAAGACUUGGUCCAUAUCCAGAUGAAGCCCGAAUAGAAUCUGAUUCGAUAUCCAGAAUUCAUAUUGAAGACAAAAGUUUUAUACGCCCGAUUGCGUCAGUUGCAGGAAGGCCGGUAAUUCCCCGUCGUUGGACAUAUGGCCAACAAAUAAAUGAAGUAUUCAUUGAUGAAAACGGAAUAGCCAUUCCAGUGCGACCACAGCCCAGCUUAAACUCAAUUCUCAGAUCGAGAGGCCGUGGUGGACUCUAUUAAUAUUCUUUUUCCUAUUACUUUCCAAUUGGUCUCAUUUCGUCGUUUCGGGUCGUUAUUAUUCUAUCAUUUGAAAUGCAUACAAUCAUUCAUGAAUAAAAUCUAACUACAAUGU